CAACUUGCAUGCAAUUCUUUCAUUUGUUGUGGUUAGCCAUUGCUGCGGCUGUGUGACCUGUGUCCCUAUCUCUUUCACCGCGACUGCGGCAGUGUACGCUUUUUGCAAAAGACUCGAACUAUUUGUUUAGAGUUAGAAUCUGAACACGUAAACGCAGAGAACGCAGAAGGGCUUCUCCUCUUUGAUGUAUGGUCUAUUAGGAAAUGGCAUCUACUCCCAGCUCUCUGGAAUCAAGAUAUUGCAUGGUAGGCGUACUAGGCCACAUGCUAUGUGACGUGGUUAGACCAUUUGUGGACUUCAUUGAAGCCCAAAUCAUCAGCUUAGCUAUCUGCUUUGGUCGGCAGCAUCGAUGCGACUGCUUUCGUUACUCCUUCGAUGACAUCGUCCGUCUCGCUAAUACAACUCUUUUUACUAUCAAUGAAAUUGAGGCGUUGCGGGAGUUGUACAAAAAGUUGAGUAAUCUUGUGAUUGAUGAUGGUCUCAUACACAAGGAAGAGCUCCAAGUGGCACUAUUGAGAACUGCAGCUAGCGAGAAUCUUUUCCUGGACAGGGUAUUUGAUCUUUUUGAUGAAAAGAAAGAUGGAGUCAUUGAGUUUGAGGAGUUUGUUCGUGGACUCAGUGUUUUCCAUCCUCUUGCUCCUGUGGAGGACAAAACCGAUUUUGCAUUUAGGUUGUAUGAUUUGAGACAGACCGGAUAUAUCGAAAAGGAGGAAGUUAGGCAGAUGGUGGUUGCCAUUCUUUCAGAAUCCGGUAUACAGCUGUCAGAUGAAAUUCUUGAUACUAUGAUUGAUAAGACAUUCACUGAUGCAGAUGCUGAUAAGGAUGGCAAGAUUAACAAGGAAGAAUGGAAGGAUUUCGUAUUUCGGCACCCAACACUUCUGAAGAACAUGACACUUCCUUAUUUACAGUAUAUCAAUACUAUCAUUAUCUUCAUUACUGUUACCAGCCCCUUAAAAUUGUUCUAUAGGACAUCUGCUUUUCCUCUUAAAAGAGUUGCUUGUUAGCAAAUACCUUUUAUUUUGGUUCGUUUUCCAUUUCUUACUUGUCCAAAAAAUUUGGGUUCCUUUUCCAAGCCCAGUGAUUUGUUCCUUUGUUAACAGUGAAGGAAAAGGGUUGCCAAAUAGGCAUACUUUCUAAGACUUUCAACGAAUCAUGAUUUGGAAUUUCUAGUUCUGUGUAUCUCUGGUUAAUGUCUUAAGGAGCAUGUUCUGUUUUUUUAUGGAAGUUUGGCUCGGGAUAUUGACAGUGACUGCUCUAUUACGGUUUCAGGGAAACUUGGAUAGAUAACGGAAAUUUGGAUCUUCUGAACUAGUUGAAGUGGGGAUGGUACACGAAAACGAAUAAUUGUUUUUUCUAUUUAUUAAUGUAACAUCUUGGCAAUCUAAUGGAAAAUAAUUUAAUUCAUACCAAACUAACAUGCUGAACCUUAUUGGACUGGAUGUUCAUGACUUUUGAUUCUGUUGGGACUUUGUUAUAUCCUCUCUUUUGAGUUGAGGGCAUUGUACAAGCUUUCCCUGGUACUUAGGCAUUCUCUGGUACUUGGGCAUCAAUCUUUGCCUUGUAACUUUAAACAUACUUUUUCUUAAUGAUUUUGUCAUUUGCCAGGGAUAUCACGGCAGUGUUUCCAAGUUUUAUUUUCAACACUGAAGUUGAUGACUGAACAUUUUGGCAACACUAAAGCGAGGAAAAAUGUUGAAAGUGAAAGCGAAAAGCUUCUGUUGCAUCGGGGACUACUGUUUCCAAUCUUCCAUUAGUGUCAGACUGGUUUUGUCUAUACUGCCUCAAGGGUCGCUCACUCCAAACCGAUACAGACACGAGGAUGGCCAAACCCAAUGCAUCAUCUGUCAAUGAUCAAUCCAUGAUUUCCAAUAGAAACUUCAUUGGCAACAAAUAUCCCUAUUCUUUCAUACGUAUUCAUCAAAAUACUCACUUUUGUUUAGCAUGUGGUCUGUAUAAACUUUUUCUUCUUUGCCGUCUCUAUUCUCUUAUCUUUCUUUGCCACCCCUCUUCCAUUACCUCGCCUAUAUUUACUGAGGUCUUGUCCUGGAUUGAAGGAAGCCUGUUUAUGGCA